AUGUCGACAAAUAAAACAAAGAAAGUCAAAAUGGCUACGAAAUCGUGUCCCGAAUGCGACCAACAGAUUCCCGUGGCGUGCAAAUCGUGCCCGUGCGGCUACGUCUUCAUCAGCAGGAAACUCCUCAAUGCCAGAUUGAACGAGUGCUCGUCGGCAAACGCGGCGGACAAGCUGGAGUGCAAGCGUCGUCGCACCGAGCGCAUCCGCCGCGACCGUCUGGACUCUGGAGGUGGGACGGCGCCGGGCGAGGGGGCGGACAGCAGGAGGCCCCGCCCCAGGAGCAACAGCCAGUCGGACCCCGUCCGCAGGGGGCGCGGACGGCCCAAGACCGUCGGCCUCAAGAAACACGACGACGAAAAAGACAAACAAGAGAAGGAAGCCGACUUGUACGCGGGACUGUCAGAUGAGCGGGCUUUCGUCUUCUCUGUGGCGCUGGCCGAGAUCAACCGCAAGAUCCUGGCUCAGACGCUCAUUUUGUAG